AUGAAAAUCACUGCUCUCACCCGUUCCGAGGAGCAAUUGGCUCGCCGCGACCUCGCUUCGGCCAGGUGCGCACGUCAUGUCGGCGAGAUGCAACGACGACGCAUCGAGAAACGCGCCGAGGCUUUGACCAAGCGAAGCGGCUCGUACUCGUCCGUCACAAUCACGACCGAGUCUCCCUACUAUCCUACCAUCCAAAAUGAUACCUGUAUCCUCACCCCGGAGAUAACUACUGGUCCAUAUAUCUGGACUAAAUCCCAGACGUUGCGCCAGGAUAUGACUGAGGGUCAGCCCGGUAUCCCCUUGAUUUUGGAUGUUGGCGUUAUCGAUAUCAACACCUGCGAACCUAUGCGUAAUGUACUCGUCGAUCUUUGGCACUGCAACGCCACUGGAUCAUACUCUUCCUUCACCGGACGUAAUCCCCAACACGCCGAGCUUAACGUUACCAUCGAUGAGAACUUCGACAUUCACACCGAUGACACCACCUUCCUCCGAGGAAUGUGGCCCACCGAUGCCAACGGUGUGAUGGAGAUGAAGACGAUCGUCCCCGGAUUCUAUGUGCACCAGAACUGGGUCCUUCAGCCUAACGGAACCAUCCUGACGGACACCACGGCCAACACGGGUCAAUUCUUCAUUGCAGAUGAUAUCACGGAGUAUUUGAUGUCGUACGAGCCGUACGUCUCACACACAGAAAUUGAGAGGACCACCAACGCCGUAGAUUCCAUCUACUCCUCGGAAACUGUCAACGGGUGGUCUCCCGAGCUGGCUGUUAUCCCGAUGGACGGAGAGGACUACGCGAAUGGUAUCAUUGGGUACAUCACUAUGGGUGUCGACUCGACUCGUUGGAAUGCCUCCUCUUUUUAA